AUGCGUCGAACGCAGGGCUACAGCUACCAACCGCUGCCACAGCAAGCGCCAGGCCCGAGCAGCGCCAGCCACGAUGCACUCGAGGAGGAAAACGAACGAAUGGCCGAAGAGUUGAAGGGCAAAAUCGGUGCCCUCAAGUCGCUUACGAUCGACAUUGGAAACGAGGUGCGAUACCAGGAUCGACUGUUGCGCGGCAUUGACGAGGAUAUGGACCGGACGGGUGGCUUUAUGUCGAACACGAUAAAUCGGGUCGUCCGGUUGGGUAAGGGCGGCCACCGUAACUAUAUGUGUUACAUGUUUCUCUUUGUGAUGGUUGUGUUUUUCGUGCUAUAUCUAAUACUGAAAUUCCGAUAA